CCGUAGGCAGGUUCUCAUUUGGAGGUCCCGGGCGCGUCAUGUUGUCCCUGCGCUGCAGCGCCCCGCCACCUUCUUAUGACCGCGGGAUCCACGCACAUGGAAUACGUAUUAUCUGCGGAAUUACGAUCGGAGCCCAUCUACAGUGUUUGUAUGAAACAUUAUUUGCAUGUUGGCAGUGGCAUUCAGUCAUCCCACGCCCGUCAACCGAAUUGCAGACAGCUGAUGGUCGAUAAACAAGUAAAAUUACUUACCUCAUUGUUUUAUCAUUUUCGGUGUUCUUAUCAGAUACUGGACGGAAUGUUCUCCGCUAGGUAAACAACAAUUUGAUACAAACAUGAAAUAACAACUUUAUUUCUUCGCUAUAGAAAUUAACUGUAUUCUUAUUCUAUACUGUAACGAAAAUCGUGUGCUGUGCUGUAUGUGACGUUUAAAGUGAUGUACCAAUUGACAAAGACGUUGCCGAGUCAACGACUGAGAAACAAUCGAUAAUGAUUGAAAAUCAUGCAACUGAUGAGAUGUGGAGUUCAGUGGAGAGCGGCGGCAGCAACGGUCGCGCGGCGCCGUGUGCGCGCGGCAAGCACUCGGCGACGCUGCUGGGCGGGCACGUGUACGUGCUGGGCGGGCGCGGCGCGGGCGGUGCCGUGCCUCUUCGGGACUUCUGGAGCUACAGCCUUGCUACGGGUAAAUGGGAGAAACUGGAGUGUCGAGGCGACCCUCCUCCCUCCCUGCAGGAGCACAGCGCCACGGCACACGAGAACAAGCUGUACGUGUUUGGAGGAGAGGCUGGCGCCCUCUCGAACGAGACCCCGCUCUGGAUAUACGACACAGAGACACAGGUGUGGCGUAAGCUGCCGGGACAGUCGAACUACUCGAGCACACUGAGACGGCGCAGCCCGAGGGACGCCCGGGGCGCCGCCCUCGGGCCGCGCGGCCGCCGCGGACACUCCGCGCAUGCGCUCAAAGACUGCUUGCUCAUAUAUGGCGGGUACAAGGACCUCAGGGGCUCUACACAUGAACUGUGGGCGUUUCACUAUGAGUCGGAGUCGUGGCACCAGGUGCGCACGGCGAGCGCGGGCCCGGCGCGGCACCGGCACGCCGCGGCGCUGCACGACAACCGCCUGUACGUGCACGGCGGACAGUGCGACCUGCGAGACUGCGCCGACCUCUGGUACUACGACACCAUGUCCCGCGUGUGGAGCCAGGUCCGCACGCCGGCCAAGCUGUCGCCCAGCGCGCGCAGCGGGCACGCCGGCCUGCGCGCCGGGGCGCAUCUCUACAUCUUCGGCGGGGAGACGCACGGACACUCCACCAACGAGCUCUGGAGGUUCCACUUCGCGACAGAAACGUGGGAACGAAUAGUGCAGAGUCUGAAAUGGCCGUCGCCCCGUGUAGACAGCUGCGCGCUACUGAUACCUGCAGCCCCGCCCCGCGUGCGCUCCGCCCCCGCCAACAGGAUGGGCCCCAACAGGCACUCGCUGAGCUCGCGGCCCGACCCCCCCGCCAGCCUGCUCAAAGAGAUCUCCAAGUUGUCCUCAUUCCACAUCCGGAGAGCGGCUCGGUGCUCGUACAGCGUGCUGGCCGGGGAGAGGGACUCCACCGAGAGUCUCGUGCGGCAGGAGGCCGCUGCGCUGUCCAAGUCGCACUCCGCUUACAUCAUCGACAAGCGACAGCCCGCCGACGGCGACGAGAGCCCCCGAGAAGGCGAUGUCCCCGAAUUUAGAUCGGAAAUGUCCCGAGAGCCCAUUUCAGUUCCCGACUUUGCUGAUAUGAUCCUGCCCACGCCAGUCUUAUCUCCGGUGGAAGCUACUAAGCUGGUGUAUCUUGAUUCGGAAGAUGAAGAAGAUAUGAAGCGUGAAUUUAGUAGCAUGAAGAAAAAAGACGGAAUCACAUCAGUGAAGCUGGACGGGAAGGUCACCGUGGUCACGAUCCCUAAGUCGGCAUCCGUCCGGUUCACCAAGGACACGAUAAUCACGGACGAGGAGGACACAGAACUGUCCACGUCUGACUACGCGAGUGCUGAGCGGGUCAACCGACUCUCUGGGAAUUCGCUAGGGUUCAGCAACCCUCAUUACUUAGGACCCGACGUGAGAAAUUUGGGAGCAGCGUUGACUCCCGAUUCAGGUGUAGGGCCUGGAGAUAUUGAGCUCCAGGAUUUGGGAGAGAGGCGCGCCAGGAGUGUGCCAAGGAAUGGCGAGACUCAACUGCAUCUGCUGCUAGUGGGAGGCAAAGAACCUCCCCACCUGGCCUUGCUCCAAAACCCGCUGUCCAUGUGGACCUACAGGUUAUUGUAAUAACUUACUUGUUAGUUUAGAUCUUCGUCCAUUAGCGGAACUAGGGCCCUCCAGGGCUGAGGUAGCCGUCGAUUUGACGUUUUCAAUCACAUUUAUUUUUGUGGCUCUAAAAUAUUUUAAGAAAAUGAUCUUUAUAUAAAUAAUUUUAAAGUUGAGAAUCAUGUGAACGUGCUUUUCGAAUCGUUGACGUCCAAAUUAUUGAUGUAAAGAAAUACUUAUGAGACUUAGUUUAGGUAGUUCCAAGGUGUAGGUACCUACGUGUUCGCAUUUAUAUACUAAAAGUACUUACUCAGACAUAAGUAACGAUAACGCGGAAUAUUUAUAAUUUUAUAUUACACGCAGUGUCACAAACUCUUCCAUGAAAUGUCUCCUCAGUAAUAUGUACCUAAUCAAGUUAUUAAUUAAUAGUCUGCCCACGAUGUCCAAACUUCGUGUUGGGUGCUGCGUUGUCGUUACUGUAUUUGUCCGUCGUGUAGCUACUAUAACGUUUGGGUACAACGAGUGCCAAUUCAAGUAUUCUUAGAUAUAACCGACAUUAUGAUGAUGUACUUAGCACAAAUUGUGGUUGACUCCGAGGUACUCUGGCUGCCACGUGCGAUGCGAUACUACUUUUAUUGGUACACUCAUUAACUUAAUCCAUGUAUGAACAGGAAUAACUGCAAUAAUAGAGCAACAGAGACAUGAUCUGUAAAUGUUUAUGAUGUAGUACGGUACCGGAGGAGCAAAAGCUGUGAUAUAUUGUUUAUCUCGCCCGGCUACUGUACGACAUUAGACUUUAGACAUCGUAUCGCACGCCUGUGUGAGGCAGACCUUGCGCUGUUUUAUAAUCUGUGGUAUUCUCAAGUAGUUUCCUAAAUAUGUUUAAGUUUACAAUAAUGUCCACGCAAUAUGUUGUUUGUUAUAUCUCUUAAGUUUUUAACGUUACUCAGUUGUUUUAUAUUUUAUUGUUUUUGUAUAAGUAUCUAUUACUUAAUUACUUGUUUUAUACUUUUACGUAGACUUUUUACGGAUUGCAAACAUUUGUUUGGAAACAU